AUGAGGUUGAGCAAGCAGGCAACGGAGCCGAACUACCAGGUCAUCGAUGCCUCCAGGACGGCGGACACCAAGAAGAGGCCGUUCAGGGCCCAGCUGUACUCCAUCAUCGCCCUGCUGGUCGUGACGCUUGGGCUGAUCGCCGUGGGCGUGCUGAUCAACCAGAAACUCCCGGCAGGCUCCGAGUCGCGCUUCGAGCUGGGCGGCUCGGGCAAGGCCGUCGCGUCCGCCACCCACAAACGCGCCGUCGCCGUGCUGGGGCCGCGGGAGAGGGCCCUCCGCAACGCCGCCGACGCCGUGCUGGACGCAGCGGCGGUCGGCGCCGCGUGGAGGCGGCAGAUUUCGAACAAUCCCGAGGUCACACCGUUGCCGACUCCACCCUUCAUCGGCGAUGAACCGAUAGAGCCACCGCCGUCGCUGACUGACCCGGAUACGCCGACGCCGACGCUACCGCCGUUGACUGAUGCCGACACGCCGACGGAGACGCUGCAGCCCCCCACAACGACGACGACAACGCCGGCUUACACGCCUACACCAACGACGACGACGACAACAACUCCGCCGACGACUCCGCCGAGUUCAACGACGACGACUCCACCGAGUCCCACGACGACCACGACCAGCACGAGCAGUAGCAUCUACACCUCUACGAGUUCCAGUUCCAACCUCGUCGUCGUCAACCACCCCCACCGACACCACCAGCACUCCAACAACCAGCCCGACAUCAGAAGCCACCACGUCAGACAGCACGACGACGCCUCCGCUCACAUCGACAACCGCAACCGAACCGAGCUCCACGGAUGGUUCCUCCACCACGACGCCAACGACUCUGAGCAGGACCAGCUCGCGCAUCACCACGAGCGGGAGGAGCAGCAGCUUGACCACAAGCAGAACGACGCCGACUGGUUCCACUCCAACCGGCCGUUCUACCACCAACUCGGGGAGCACCAUUUCAACCAGAACUACGCCUACCGGAACCAGCACCAGCCCGUCCGGCACUACGCCUGCUGGUACCGGCACUACGCCGUCGGCACUACUCCGGUUGACACCCCGGUUGACACCCCGGUCGACACUACCCCGGUCGACACUACCCCGGUCGACACCGGUACCAGCCCGGCCGGCACCACGCCUCCGUCCGGAAGUAGCCCCGAGACCACACCAGGGCCGAGCGAGGCCACGCCGGUGACGACUCCGACGGGCUCUCCAUCGGCGAGCCUGCCGGAACAAAACAUCCUCUUGCCGUCUUCAACACCGCCGACAGACCCAACAGUCUCUUUGUUCGCGAGCUCCGCAUCCGCCCAAGAAGACCCGUCGCCGUCGCCCACGCCGAAUGUUUCCGACCCCAGCAGCCCCUCCACGCCGGAUCCGACCCCUGUUUCCGGAUCUCCGACGGCCUCCCAGCCGGCAGCCCAGUCAUUUGUGUCGCCUCCUUCAACAGGCGACUCCAGCACCCCUCAACCGACGGGCGUCACCUCGAUCCCCGCCGGCUCCGCCUCCCCGUCUUCGCCGUCGUCAGAUCCAGCUCCCUCAGGAGUGCCAUCCGGAAGCCAAGUUGCGACUCCGAGUCCGAAUACGCCGGCACCGUCGGAUCCGUCAGCCGUUGUGGCAUCCAGCGGUUCACCUUCUGUAUCUCCGGACCCGGAAGGCAGCCAGACGACCGGCUCGCCGGUUUCACAGCCGGCUACAGUUUCCCCGUCCGGCUCAGACGCCGUCACGCCGUCCGCCACCCCGGCGCUAGCCACGUCCGAUAUCCCGAUCAACAUUGCGCAGGCCUCCGUGUCCAGGAGCCUCUCGCCGUCCGAGUCCGGGGCAUCCGUGGCAUCACUUAUUCGACAGGCAUCGGACUCCCCUCUUCCGAGCAUUCUCUCGGCGCAGCCGACUGCGUCCGAUGCCGUUACACCUGCCAGCCAAGAGGCUUCUGCUUCUCUAAUCCCAGCCGGUCCUUCGAUAUCGGCCGCCCCCUCAGCUCUGGCGGCAGCCUCAGACACAGCCGCUCCCUCGGCUUCAGCCGCCCCCUCGAACUCGGCCGCCCCCUCGAACUCGGCCGCCCCCUCGAACUCGGCCGCCCCCUUAGCUCUGGCGGCAGCCUCAGACACAGCUGCUCCAUCCGAUCCAGCUGUUCCCUCGGCUUCAGCCGCCCUCUCAGCUCAGGCGGCAGCCUCAGACACAACUGCUCCAUCUGACCCAGCUGUUCCCUCGAAUUCGGCCGCCCCCUCGGCCGUGCAGACGCAGGCAGAGAACCCGAGUGAUACCCAAGCCGUACCCUCGCCGGCGGCGUCCCAGUCCAACGCUCCGCCGAGCGCCAAUACUCCCGCGCCGAGUGCCACUCCCCAAUCCGACGCCGCCACGCCGUCUGUCCCCCCAGCAACGACCCCAGCAACAGCUACUCCUGCGUCCAACACUCAGUCGGCGCCCGAGACGCAGUCUCAGAGGGAGAGUUCCGCGUCCGCGUCAGAGACAGAACCGACGGCCACAGAAUCGACGGCCUCGCCCACCACCGCCGACCCGAGUGCGUCGGCGACGCAGCCCGAUGCCACCGUCGUCGUGCAACAGACCGCCGUGCCCAAGGGCCCCAACGAAGAGGUCGUGAACGAGAAGGUGACGGUCGGCCAGGCCAUCGUCAGCAACUUCGUCCCCAUCGUCGCCGCCCGCGGCUUCACCUCGGUGCUGUCGUCGUCGUUCGCCCAGGUCGCCGCCUUCGAGCCCCUCCGCCAGCUCAUGACCGACUCGGGCGCCUCGGGCGCCGUGCUCGCCGGCUCGGCCAUCACCCUCGUGCCCCUCGCCGCCAGCUACCUCUACGCCGACAUCGCCAGCGCCUUCGCCGUCGAGGCCCUCGCCACCGACGCCUUCUGGUGCGCCGAGAAGCCGUCCCAGUACAUCAGCUCGCCGUGCCCGCCGCGCCUCAGCGUCAACAGGUGGGCCGUGAACGUCGUCAUCUCGGGCCUCGUCGCCGUCGCCGUCUCGCUCAUCUUCAUCGUCGGCCUCUGGUUCAAGACGCCCUCGCGCAUCGCCGUCGACACCACCACCAUCUCGGGCGUCGCCACCGUCCUCGGCCACCCAGAGGUCGAGCGCCAGUUCGCCGCCGUCCCCAAGGACAUGACCAACAGCCAGCUGGCCCUCCACCUCAAGAACAGCCGCUUCACCCUCGGCACGUACCAGGCCCAGGGCGGCGGCGAGCGGUACGGCCUCGUGCCCAUCGACCAGCCGAUGGGGGAGGACCGGCCGCGGUCCCUCCUCCAGCGCCUCGAGGACUCGGCCGUCGAGCGCAAGGCGAGCAUCAACACGGCGCCCUGGACGCGCACGCGCUUCCACAUCGACCUGCUCUUCGCCGUCUUCCACCUCGGCCUCCUCGGCCUCGCCAUCGCCGCCCUCGCCAACGUCAACAACCCGCGUCGCAUCUUCAGCUACACCUCGCGGGCCGCCACCGUCGGCGUCCGCGUCGGCGUGUGCUUCAUCGGUAUCCUUGUCUCGCGGUACUGGGGCAUGGUCUUCGCCGACGCGCAGAACCUCGCGCCCUAUGCGCGCAUGCACGCCGCGCCGUCCAAGGCCGAGGGCACCAUCACCAAGCGCGGCUUCGGCGUGCCGCUGCUGGCCAUCGUGCCGCUCGUGAGGAUGGGCUACGCCGUGCCCGCCGCCGUCGCCGUCGCCGCGCUCUUUGCCGAGUUCUUCGUCGUCGCCGUCAGCGGGCUGCCGUGGCGGCCGGGGCAGAUGCGCGGCGAGUACAUAUUCUGCGGCGUCGCGUGCGUCGUCAUCGCCUCCUUCAUGCUGGUCGCCCAGGGGCUGGUGUUCUACCUGCGCAGCACGCUGCCCACGAUGCCGCGCCGCCCGGACUCGGUCGCCUCCGUCAUGACGUACGUCGCCGGCACGACGAUGAGCCGCGACUUCGUUGCCGUGUCCGGUCUGGAGAGGAAGGCGGCCGAGAAGGCCAUCGGCAGCUUGGGGAAGAGGUACGCGUAUGGGUUGAAGGUGGAGGAGAACGGAAGGCAGAGGUGGGUUGUUGACGAGGUCGGGACAGGGUAUGAAGAGAGUCGAACGAGGGCGACGGACAAUACCGUGUGA